AUGAUAUCAUUGAUACAAUUAGUAACACAAGCAGAACAAGGCAUAUUCAAGAAUAUAUAUCCAUCUACAGAACUUAAAAUUACGGUUAGCGGUACUAGGUACCAGAAUAUUAAUGAAUCUUUGCAAUUAACAAAACCAGAAUACUCAAUUUAUCCUUGGGAUAAGAAAUAUGACUGGUGUUCUAAUUGUGGAAGAAAGUUUUCAGAGAAACCAUGGAUAAUGUUCAAUUAUAACAGAAGAAAAUUCAUGAUUUCAGGUUAUUUCGUUAGAGCCGGAUGCUGUUAUGGUGGAUGCUGCUGUGAAUCAAAUGGAUACUGCGUUUACUGUCCUCUUUAUAGCUGGGCUCUACAAGUUUCAAAUGAUAUGAAAAAUUGGCAAGAUGUUCAUAAAAUAGAGCAGGAUAAGAAGAUGGAAUACUGUGCCGAAAGAACUUACAUGCUUGACAAGAAGUAUGAAGCAAGAUAUGUUAGACUCAUUCAAACUCAGCCAGUUCCUGGAGAUCCGCCUUGCCUUGCUAUAAAUAAGUUCGAGCUUUUCGGACACUUAACUGCAGAUUUUAACAAUGACGAUGAUGACAAAAUAGAUUUUCCAGAUGAAGAAGAAGAUGUCAGUAUAAUUGGCCAUUUUUCAAAGGAAUAA